UUCCCUCGGUGACGACUCUGGGUGGCCAUUUUAUCAGAAGUGUGGGGGUGAAAAACAAUCGGAUGCGCUCGUAUGUGUGUUUUCUUUGAUUUUAUUCAUUUAUAUUGUUCACAUUAAUCGAGAUCAGUAAAUCAUCAUGUACAGUCGAUGAAAGCCUGCUUAAUAAACGAACAAUUGGCGGGAACUGGCGUGCGACGUAACCUGCCAUUCAUUACGCGUCUGUACGCACGGCUAGCAAGUGACGUUAGCCUAGCUUAGCUAAUGGCACCUCGCGUUAUCGGACAAUAGUCACUUGUAAACAAAAUAUCAAAAACACUUGUUAUCGAACAAUUUGUGGUCAAGCCAAGCUCGUGUUUAUUUAAGAUUGAAUCAGCCAGUCGAAAAGUAACUGUUACUCGUAUUGUAGCCGAAUUAGCCUAGCUCGCGCGUGUGCCGUUUAAUCAUGACGGAGUGUUACAUUCGCGUGGCGGAGGAUGAAAACGAGGAGCCCAUGGAGAUCCCGUCCGAGGAGGAUGGCACCGUGUUGCUCUCCACGGUCGCCGCACAGUUUCCCGGUGCAUGUGGCCUUCGGUACCGAAGCCCGGUGUCUCAGUGUAUGAGAGGAGUCCGACUAGUGGAGGGGAUUCUGCACGCGCCCGAGGCAGAUUGGGGCAACCUGGUGUACGUUGUCAACUAUCCAAAAGGUAAAUGUGUGAUGCAUCGAUCGUUCCACACAAAAUAUACAUUUUUAUCAUACACGUGUAUAUAUGCUAACAUCAUUAAUCCAUGCAUUUUAGAUAACAAGAGGAAGAUGGAUGAGAUGGAUGCUGCGUCUGCUGUGAAGAUCAAGAGAGGUGUGCAGAAAACGUCAGACCUGAUCGUUCUGGGUCUGCCAUGGAAAACGUCCGAGCAAGACCUUAAAGAUUACUUCAGUACCUUUGGCGAGGUUAUCAUGGUGCAGGUGAAGAGAGAUGCCAAAACAGGAAACUCCAAAGGAUUCGGCUUUGUAAGAUUUACAGAGUAUGAAACGCAAGUGAAAGUCAUGACCCAGCGGCAUAUGAUCGAUGGAAGAUGGUGUGACUGCAAACUCCCUAAUUCAAAGGCGGGGCCAGACGAGCCUAUGAGAUGCCGGAAAGUGUUUGUGGGCCGCUGCACUGAGGACAUGAGCGCCGAUGAGCUCAGACAGUUCUUUAUGCAGUACGGCGAAGUCACAGACGUAUUCAUCCCCAAACCUUUCCGAGCUUUUGCCUUCGUUACCUUUGCCGAUGAUCAGGUCGCCCAGUCCUUGUGUGGUGAGGACCUGAUCAUUAAAGGAACCAGCGUGCACAUCUCCAACGCUGAGCCAAAGCACAAUAAUAGUAGGCAAAUGAUGGAUCGUGGGCGGUUCGGGGGGUAUGGGGGGCAGGGCUUUGGCAAUAAUCGCAGUCCUAACAGCAAUGUGAAUUUUGGGGCCCUUAGCCUGAAUCCGGCCAUGAUGGCAGCCGCUCAGGCGGCCCUCCAGAAUAGCUGGGGAAUGAUGGGAAUGCUGGCGGGUCAACAGAAUCAGACAGCCCCCUCUGGCACAAACCCUAGUGGGCAGAACAGUGGUAGUAGAGAUCAGAACCCGAGUUACAACGCAAGCAGCAAUAACUACAACGCAAGCAGCUCAGCUGGUCUCGGGUGGGGGGCGGGCACCAAUUCAGGCUCAAGCGGUGGGUUCAACUCCGGCUUUGGAUCUAGUAUGGAGACAAAGUCAAGCUGGGGAAUGUAGAGAGAGAUUUGAGUUGGGUAUCACCAAUAUCUAGAUAAUAUGGUAAGUAUUUUGAGAUAAGAAAGUUUAGUCGGAUAUUAUGUCCGGAAAAUAUUUGCCUUUGAUUUUUUUGUAAAACUGAAUGUUCAUAUAUAUGUAACGAUUGGUCUUACAUUUAUUUAGAGUGGUUGAAAUUGUUAGAAGUGAUGAAAACACUAUGAUAUUUUUUUCCUCAUGGAUAUAAUUUAUUUUGUGUUAAGCAUUAUUUCAAAAUGCCAACAUAUCUGAAACACGCAUGAGCAUCUCGUACCAUUUCAGUGCCCUCUCGCAUACAUGUAAAGAUGCUCCAGUUGAAAAGAGAUUUGAGUUGUGUUCUCUGCCGUUUUUUCCCUCAAAGUUUUUGAUGGUCAAGCCUUCAUAAAUCUCUUCUACAGUUCAUCAACUCUUUUCCAAUUUCCCGGGAAGAAGCCCCUCGUUGGCCGCAAUGUUCGAGCAAUCACAGUAUCAGUUCCCCUCCUCCCAUGUGUAAAUGCUUUGCCAUCAAAGAGCGCAGCGUCACUCUGCAUAUACUGUGUUAGACGGUGGGUGUCGUUUUUUUCCUCCCCUUUUUCAUGGAUGAAAUCUGUCCGCUUUUUGAGAGCUGAGUGAGAUGGUGAUGGAUUGUUGGUGGGCCCAGAAUGAGAGACUGAAUGAGCGAACAGGCUGAAAGAGAGAGAGAGAACUUGGAACUGCGAGACUGUGAGAACUUGGACCUGUGUGUACGAGUGUGAACGGAGGCAACGAGUGUUUUCUGUAGGAUCAUCACGAGGACAUUCAUUUACAUUCUUCCGUCCCUCCUGUUCUGUCUCUCUUUCUCCUUUUCUCAUAUUCAGAGGUGCAUAAAAAAUAACCCCAAAAUAUCUAUGUAGUGGAAUGUUUAAGUGAUCAAAGUAUUUGUGUUCUUGCUAUAUAAUUUGAUGUGAAUGCUGUGUAUGGUGUGUGUUCUUUCUUGCUGUUAUUCAACUUGUACGUGUGAUGGUGAUGUGAUGCUGUCUGUGGGCGGGGCUCUGGGAGUGGGUGGUGAAUGAGGGCGAGCGUGAGCUCUGAGUGGCUUAACUGGGGUGAUGUAUUGAUGAUGAAUGCCUACAGAAGAGGUUGCUUUUGUUACGUGUUUCGAAUGCUUUUUAUAUGUUUUGUGAAUCAAAGGGAACUGAAAUAAAACAAAUAAUUUGA